AUGGUGGGGACGAAGUCCGCUGCGGCACCAGCCUGCAUUUCCCCUCCACCUACACUUAAAUCUCAGCAGUCCACUUCACUUCCUUCAACACCAAAUCAACGACCUCGUGAUCUGACAUCGCGCUCCAGAUCACCGUCUGGCAGACGGAAUGCAUCUAACCCUUCACCGAGAUCUCACCAUUCCGACUCGCUUCCCCUCCCUCCCCGGAGACCGAACGGUGGUUGCAAGUACGAAACAGGGAUGGCCAAUGCUAAGAGAAGGGUUCCAUACUCUCUUGGCCCAGACAAACUGGAUGCAGCAGUCGAAGUACCCAAAGCGUCUUUGAGUACUGCAGAAGAUGAGAGAUUAACCAACGAUAUGAGGGACUUGUAUAAUCAGCUGCUGCCGUCUGAAGAAAGUGAAGCAAGGAGAAAAAGACUUGUGGAGAAACUGGAGAUGAUUCUCAGAAGGCAAUGGCCUGAAUAUGCGAUCAAGGUCAAUGUUUUCGGCUCUACGGGCAACAAGCUGGGUACAACGGAGUCGGAUGUAGAUAUUUGCAUCACCACAGACUGCAAAGAGUUGGAACGAGUCUGCGUACUUGCAGAAUUCUUGGCUAACGAAGGAAUGCAACGAGUGGUGUGUGUCUCUGUUGCGAAAGUGCCUAUAGUAAAGAUCUGGGAUCCGGAUUUGAGGUUAGCAUGUGACAUGAAUGUCAACAAUCCGGUUGCACUGGAGAAUACGGAGAUGAUUCGAACCUAUGUUGAUAUCGACGAACGCGUUCGCCCACUGGCAAUGAUCAUCAAGCAUUGGACUAAGAGGCGAGUGCUCAAUGAAGCUGCCCUUGGCGGGACUUUGAGCUCAUACACCUGGAUCUGCAUGAUUAUCAACUUUUUACAGACGCGGGAUCCACCUGUUCUGCCUGCGUUGCAGCAAGGUCCUUUCCUCCAGCGAAAAUUCAUGUGCGGCUUCAACGUCGCUUUCGACAAGGAUGUUACCUUGUAUAGAGGCUAUGGAUCACGGAACAAGGAUUCGUUGGGUGUGCUUUUGUUCCAGUUCUUUCGAUAUUACGGUCAUGAGGUUGACUUUGAGACAAGCGUGAUGUCGGUCAGGACGGGUACCGUGAUUACCAAGGUAGAAAAAAAUUGGCAUUUCUUGCAGGACAACCGUCUCUGUGUUGAAGAGCCUUUCAAUACUUCAAGAAACUUGGGUAACACUGCCGACGAUACCUCUGUUCGUGGUAUCCACCUAGAGCUCCGUCGGGCUUUCGAGAUGGUCUCGGAAGCGAAUCUUGCCAAAUGUAAUGAGCAGUACGAGCCUCCAGCAAAUCUGGUAGACGCACUACGUCCACUUAAAAGCCACAAUGCUUCUGUGAACCGACCAAUACUUACUCCCCCGGUCCCCACGUUCGGUCGAGUUGCUCGUGGAGGUGGUCGAGGCGGAAGACAAAUUCAUCAAUUGCAUCGCAACUUCAAUCCAGCCCGUCGUGCUUCCAGUGCCUCUACAAGAGGUCAUGCAUAUUCCCAACCACUGUCGCCUGGAAGCAAUCUUACUCAAACAGAGCUUUCGUUGCAAGCUCAACAAGAGCAUAUUUUGCACGACCGGCUCUGCCAACAGUAUCAUUUCCUCCAAGCUCAAGAGAAAGAACUUCGUGCACAGCUACAUCUGCAGGCUGUACUUCAAGGUCGAAUGAUGCCCACGUCUCCAUAUCCUCACUUCAUGUUACCGUUUGGCGUUUAUGCCGGUGGCCAGGAAGACCUGAUGGGAGCCCGCGCCGGAAACAUCAACCAGCCUCCACUCUCAGCUCCAAUCCGUCCACAUGGCUUUUCCAUGACGAGCUCUUCUGGAGGCCGGAAGCCUGGAUAUGGAACUACGACCAACCCCCCUUCCCCGCUGCUGCACACCAUCGUUCCGGAUUCACGGAGAAAUCACAGGCGCUCUUCAAUGAUCGACGGCUCAUCCGCACGCUCGUUGCGGGCCCAUUCUCAACCUCCUCGACCUGUGCCCUCCCCACUGUUACUCCCUAACGCAAUGGAUAAGCAUUACGAUUACGCAUCUGGAGUGCCAUAUCAUCCUGGCAGAGACCCUGUGUCCACCCCAGGCAGCGCCCGAGGGUUUGCGGACGUGAUUGCUGACGCUCAGGGACGCCUCUAUCACAACCCGAGCACAGGUCGAAGGGGUUCUGAGUAUAUCGGAUAUUAUCUCGGACCCUCACCACCACUACCCACCUAUUCAAGAAACGUUGUUGGCUCGCCUCUCACGUACACUUCAGGCCUAGGCAUUCAGUCUAGUGGUAUGUCGCCGCAGAUGCUUGCUCAGUUGUCUGCACACCCACUUGGUAUGCCUCCCUCCUCCACAGAGCUGAGUCGUUCCUCCUCCGGAGAAGUAGGACCGACCAACCCAGAUCCUACGAAAGCGGAACCAUUGGCCUACUUACCGCCACAGCAUGCCAGCAGCCGACCCAGAACUCGGUCCAGAUCUAGCUCAGGUCCUGUCGUGGUCAAUGGCUCUGUCAACCGAGAAGCCGACGCCCCUGGUUCGUUGAACACAUCAGCUUCCGAUGACGUAGCUGUUGAAACACCAACUAGCUCUGAUGAUUGCUCUCAAGGAUUUCCUGAAUCACACAAUGAAGACACACAAAAGAUUUCUGACAUCGACGUGCUCUUGGCGAGGACAGAGCCCGCCGUGAAAGAGAAGGUAGCCAGAGAAACAAGACAACGAGUCAACGGCCAUACCGAAGCACCUCUUUCAGAUGACCAGUUGAUGCUACCCAUUGCAUCAUCAUCAUCAUCAUCAUCAUCAUUGGAGAACAAACCUCCCGUUUUCAAUGGGAACACUCAUGCCUUUGAAAUUGAUGCAGUUCCCAAGGCGAGUGGGGAUUCAACAAGCGAGAAAGAGGUACGUGCAGGAGCCUUUCAGCUCUCCCCAGUUAAAGAGGUGCGCACGCCAUCGCCAACCAAAACUCGGCAGUUAUUAGUACUAGGAGAUCCUCCACAGGGUGCGGCGAAAGCGAGGACAAAAGGUAAGGCCAAGCAAAAGAAAUCCUCUUUGUCUUCUGUCGACCAAAGCGGAGAUAAGCCUGAGGCACUUGCAAGCCUGCCUAAUGGUUUUACUCAAGACCUCAAACCAGCUAGUAUUCACGGGUCUGUUACCGGUUGGCAGACCCAAAAAAGGAAGUCCAAGCACAAGAAAGGUUCGAGGUCGGAGACGGACCUGAAGGGAGUAAAUAUCGUUGGAGGAGACUUCCUACCACUCGAUGAGUCAUUGAGAAAGGGGGGAUGA